AUGACAGCACGGCCGGUUAGCGCGGGACAAGAUUCAACAAGCGGUAGCUCCGCCGCUGAGGUGACGAUUGGGGUCAGUAAAUUGGCCCCACUUCCAGAACAGUGGACAUUGCCCAAGGAGUGGAACAUUGAGAAACGAGAAACAUUCGCUUUUUGGAAGAUGGAUGUCCAGAAUCAAAUAGCCAACAUCUCUGGCACUCUGGAACGUUCACUCUCCGCGUUCCCUCACCCUGACGUCAGCCGUCAUAUGACUUGUCAGGAUCAGCAGACCAUAGCUCAGCUCGAGCAGGAGAAGAGGGAACGGUCCUUACUGGCGGGAAACACUCUGAACUAUGGACUGGCCAGGAAACUUCACACGGACUUCAUAUGA